AAUGUUAAUCUCUUCGGCCACCGGAGGGACACAGAAAGAAUAUAGAGAAAAUAGAAAAGAGAGAUAGAGGAAAGAGAGAGAGAAAUGGAUCAAGAUCAUGAGUUAUGGCGGACGCUAAGAUGCGCAGGUAAAGCGCAAGAUAAGACCUCUGUUGAUACACUCAUGCUUAAGUACCGUCCGAUCGCUCCAAAGCCGACGACUACUAGUCAACCAUUGGUCGGAGAUACGAGUAGCACGAGAAGGACGAAGAGAAAGUAUGUUAGGGUUUCCAAGAAUAAUAAAGCCACGUGUCGAUCAAAGACGAACAGCUUCAGAUCUAGCUCAACAGAUCCGGAGAAUGGUCGGGAAGAUAUCGUCACGUUACAGCUCUUACCGGAGAGAUCUACGCCGUUGAGUUUGGAUCAUAAUAAUCUCGAUCCAACGGUGGAAACGAUAACCAGAGAUGAAACCGACAUGUGGCUCAAGUUUAACGGCGGUGAUGACGUGUUGCAACAUGUUCCGGUAGAGACGUGGGUGACGGUGGAGUCCGUUAACGGUGGCUCGGUUUCCCAUGCGGUAGGGUUCACGGACGAAGAGAUGACGGAUGCUUUAGAUAAAGACACGUGUCCUGGUUUCAUAUCGGAUGGUAGGAACCGUGUGGUGAUGGUUAACGAGGCUUACCGGAGGAUAGUAACCGGAGACGGCGGAUUCGGAAGAGAGGUGAUUGUGUGGUUGGUGGUUGACCAAACGGCGACGUUUUAUGACCACCGAACUUUUACUUGUAAGGUGAGACUGGAAUACACGUGGCGAGAGACGAAGUACACUAAAACGGUGCCGUGUGAUGUGUGGAAGAUGGAGUUUGGUGGAUUUGCAUGGAGGUUGGAUACUACUGCAGCUUUAACUCUUUGGCUUUGAGGUAUAGAGGGUAAGAUUAAUUAAGACCAAGAUGUGGUUAAGGUGUAUAAUCUCAUACCUUAAUUAGUCACUUUUUCGCACUUUGCAUAUUGGGAAGUUAAUAAGUAGUACAAAAGAGAAACGAAUUUGAUUAAUUAAUGCUAAUAUAUGUGGGGAAAGUCUUGAGAAUCAAGUCUUUCAGAAUAAAUUUGUGUGAGAACC